AUGUGUGUGAUUAAUAGAACAGACAAGAAUGUAACAGAGGCUUAUUCAGUUCCUCUAGGAGUGAUCUUGGGAGGCAUCUCACUGACCACUGUUGUCAUGAAUAUCUUGGUUCUAUAUGCAGUGAAAAUGGAAAAGAAACUUCACACCGUUGGCAAUCUUUACAUUGUUAGCCUUUCCUGUGCGGACCUUGUCGUUGGUGCAGCUGUCAUGCCACUAAACAUUUUAUAUCUUUUGAAGAAUGAGUGGCUGUUAGGUAGACAAGCUUGCCUGUUUUGGUUAUCAAUGGAUUAUGUGGCCAGCACAGCCUCCAUAUUCAGCCUCUUCAUACUUUGCAUAGAUCGUUACCGUUCUGUCCAACAGCCAAUAAAAUAUCUCAAGUACCGGACAAAAACUAGAGCUUCUAUCAUGAUUUCUGGAGCUUGGCUGCUCUCUUUUAUGUGGGUAGUCCCAAUUUUGGGUUGGCGUAACUUUACCCAUAAUAACAGUACAAGUGACAGGGAUGAGAUAUGUGAAACAGAUUUUUGCAAAGUCACCUGGUUUAAGGUGUUAACAGCUAUAGUCAACUUUUACAUCCCAUCAUUGAUGAUGCUGUUUUUCUAUGCAAAAAUAUACACGGCUGUCCGGAGGCUUUAUCAGCACAGAGAGCUCAUUAAUGGAUCAUUCAGAUCUGCCUCAGAAAAAAGAAUUCCACAUGAUUGUAAACUGCAAGAAAUACAAGAGAUGUGUUCACAAAGUGAAAGUAAAAACAUAGGCUCUUACUGUAAUGAACAUGAUAAUAAGAAUGACAGAAUAGAAGCCCAAACUCUGUCGGGAAGCUUUAUUAAAGUCUCAAAAUUAUUUCAUAGAGGAAGUGCCCAUGAAAUAGGGAAGCAUAGCUGCUUUCCUCUGACCAUUGCACAGAAUGACACAGAGGUAGACGAUAUUGAUAGGAAGUAUACCUGUGUCAAUGAAAGCAUUCAGAAUACAGAGAAGCCUGGCCCCCAAGAAUAUGAAAUAAGUAAAACAUCAUAUGAACAUAACUUUGCUGAGAGACCUCCCUGUAGAAAAGGUUCAGAUCCCACUCGGGAGCCAAAUUUUGGUAUCAAGAGGCACUUCCUUCAGUAUAAAAACAGAAAAGAUACCACAAGUCUCUGUUCUUUGAAAAAGACAUGGGGAAGGCUGCGUGCUCAUUCUCUUAGCCAUAACCAAGGGCUGCGUGUGAAUAGAGAAAGAAAGGCAGCUAAACAAUUAGGCUGUAUAAUGGCAGCAUUUAUGUUGUGCUGGAUUCCAUACUUUGUAUUAUUUAUGGUCAUGGCAUAUUGUGAGAAAUGUUACAAUUAUCAUGUUCAUAUGUUUACAAUUUGGCUUGGCUAUGUGAAUUCUACGUUAAAUCCAUUUAUAUACCCGCUUUGUAAUGAAAACUUCAAGAAAACUUUCAAAAAGAUUUUUCAUAUUAAAAGUUAA